AUGUGUUUUCUCGUGAACUCGGAGGACGAGGGCAGUGAUGAGCCCCAGAGCAACUCUGGAGCAACUAAACUGCAGCUGCGACAUUACCACAAAUGGCUGCUGCCCUGGCGAUGUCUGAUAGUCAUCUUUGGCGUGUCCUUAAUAUUGUUUAUAUUCGGGUCAAUUUUAAUGGCCAUUGGCGGAGCGAUAGGAAACAAAGGACUGCAUAUCACUGGAGGUAUUUUUUUCGCCUUUGCAGUAAUCGGACUUAUUGUCUGUUUGAUCGUCUGCAUUUACGCUUACUUCUUCUAUGGCACCAAGAACCAAGCUGUGCAGACGGUGGUUUGGACAGAUGAAUACCAGAUUGAUGGACCUGGCUAUGCAAGCAUUGGCCGUCCGUCAGCUCUAAAAUCUGCAGACUCUACUCUGAAAAGAAAUGGAAUCGCUGGCCAGAAGAAGGUCACAAUGGCUCCAGAGCUGGGACCUUCAGGAGAGAGCCCACCUAAUGCUUUUCCGGGAAGUAAUAUUGAUGCCAGAUCAAGGCAACAGUUGACGAAAAGUCCAUCAUUUGGGAGUGGCACCAUCUAUCUUGGUGACGGUUCCGAUCCUCGGGGUGUUGGUGGCCGGAGUGUGGGGGGGUCAGAGGUUGGUACUGGUGGUAUCCGCAUCACAACACUUGACAGAAACCAGCCGUUUCCCUCUCCUGGGAGCCAGGUUGUGUAUGGAGGCCCUUCUCCUGGAGGCCAGGUUGUGUAUGGAGGCCCCUCUCCUGGUGGCCAGGUUGUGUAUGGAGGUGGCGGGCAGGCUUAUUCUGGAAUUGGACAAACAGGCUAUGGCACUGGGCCAGGUCAUGUGAUCUACUCUGGCGGCGGUAGUUCCGGUUCAGCCAGCAGCUCUAUGGAUGCCAGUUAUGCCUACCCUAAAAGUGUAUCUGUCAUAAGUGGUCAGGAGUCAGGUUUCAGUGAGUCUGGUUCUCAGUACUCGACGCUGAGACCAAUCCCUGUUACCCAUAUUGUUGCCGAAAACCAGAGGCAGCAACGGGACAAUCUGGAAUAUGCACGCAUAAACAAACAAGCUAAAAAUGUCCACACCAUAGCGUCUGACAGUCAGUCACAAAGAGGGUAUUCACUUCCAGGUCAUAGUUUUUCACAGAGUCAAGGCUAUUCACAGAGUCAAGGACAAUCACAAAGUCAAGGUCAGGUUAAUCAGUUUGAGCAGAGGUUUCCAGUCACAGAUGAUUUGGAUUACGACAACCCAAUUGAAAGAACUCCCAUGAUUUCUUCUCUCAAGCAACAGCAGCCCUUCGGCUCCUCCUACCAUGAGCAACAGAUGCAGUAUCAGCGCCAGCAGCGGCAGCAAGAUCUGCAUGCUCCUCGCCAGCUACACAUGCAGAGCUUGCAGCGUCAGACCGCCAUCAACCCGAACCAAUACCAGCAGGAGAAGCAACAACAACAACAACAACAACAACAACAACAACAACAACACAUGCAGUAUGAGACCUCAACCUCUUCCUCACACAGCGCUGGCCACGAUGACCUGCCAGAUUUGCAACCAUUAGUGUACCCGUCUGCUCGCCGUCCAAUGACAUUUGAGCAGGUGUCCUCCUCCAAGAUGAGUGUUUAUGAUAAUGUGUUAGCCGGAUUACAAGAUGACGAAUAG